GCGGCGCCGGCGCGGUGCGAUGUCGUCUUGCCGGUGACGACUGACGACUCGCAUGUACGGUUUAGGCCGGGUGUUGUGUGUACGAGCCACUCAACACGUGGCGAGGAUUUCGGGCUUCGCUCAGCUCGCUUUAGCCCUCGGAUUGGAUGGCCACUCAAAUCGUGGCACAGUUUCGAGUGGCGACCGCGGACCGGUACGGACGUGAUCGUGCAGUCUUGCGUUAGUGAUUUGAGAUUUGAGGUUGUGAAAAAGAGAUUUUCACUAGUAGAUCCCUGCCGUUGACGCGUAGAGAAGUGCACACGGUUUGGUACUCAUAUACGAAGAAUAGUAGUGGGUGCGCGAAAUGCAGGAGGCUGCGGCCUCUUGCAUAAGUAAAGACAGCGAGGGGAACUCUACUGACCCCCCUCCCCCUAACACCAUCCUUUCAGCAUGGGAUGCUAAUCCUAAAUCCUCUACCCUUCCCCUUGUCACUCCCUGCGACGCAGGGUCUUCUGGUGACUUGGAGGACAUCACGCUACAGGGCACCAUCAACAGACUUUCGGCCUCGCUGGGCAAAAAAGCUAAGGGCAGCGGAAUAAGCUCAGGCAUAGCUCGGGCCAAAAUCGCACGCAAACUAUCGCUCGCUGGACUCGCUCUCUCCCAUGCGGGAGACGGCAAUACCAUUCUCCCAACGGAAGGCAACUUAGACGCGAUAUUCAAAGACUUCCGCAAAUUAAAGGAAUCCAACCAGCGCUCGGAGGCGAAUUUGAUGCAAAAGAGUCCCAAUAUUACGCCAUUUCUGGAUCUCAACAGUAGGGGCAACAUGGUAAACGAAAAGAACGUGGAACACGCAAAGCACACAGACGCGGUCCCCCCCCGUGUAGGGGAUCUUCCAGAAGGGGUAGCCAAUCAAACAACGUUUAAUCAGAAGGACGAAUCAAAGAGCGACAGGAUUACAGCCAACAAAGAAAACUCUACAGAUGCAGACUUAGCAAUGGAAUACACCAUGGACAGCGAUCCGAAGGUUAACAAGCCCACAAAUAAUAUAGUCAAUGUCGCUAAACACCCCAAAGCCGCACAAGGUAAGACACUCGAAACUAUUACUCCUGCAAAUGCAGCAUCGGAUAAAUACACGAGUUUAGAUUGUCCCCCGUAUGUGGUACACAUCAAGGAUACCAACCCUGUACCCUUACAUCCUAUACAUAUUAGUAAAAUCGUGUCGGCCAUUUUCCCCAAAGGUAUGGGGGAAGUUACGAAAAUAGCUAAAGGACAAGUCGCCAUUGUCAUGAACUCGACACUCGAUGCUAACAAACUUGUCGGUAACGCAAUUCUCACCAACAAGGGCUUACACGCAUUCGUACCUAAGUACAAAUUGAUGAGAAUAGGAACGGUCAGGGGCAUACCUCAAGACUUAGACACUCAGACGAUUUCGCAAAACAUCAAAUCCAGUUCCAGAAUUCGGGACAUCAACAGAUUAAAUCGAAGAGUUAAAACAGACCAAGGAUAUACAUAUGAACCAUCUCGAUCACUCUCGAUCCAAUUUGCAGGCCAAGCACUUCCAAACCAUGUAGUGGGACAUAUUAGCAAUUCAUGCAAAAGCAAAGCCAGAUGUAUUUACUGUGGAGAAGAUAAGCACGAGGACAAGGACUACGUGUGCGCGUUGAGCACUGGAGACCACACAUGCCUCAAUUGCAAGGGAAAUCAUCUCCCUACAUCGCACGAAUGUCCUACGGUGAUUUCAUUUAAAAAAGCUCAAGCAUUGGCAGCCACUGAAAACAUCUCCAUGCAGGAAGCCAGAAGAAGGAUUAUCUCCAUGGACAACACCCAACACUCCAACACGGACACUCCUAGAGACUUCUUACGUAAAUUCUUCGACACGCUAGCACCCCUUGGAAAUAUCCUCUUGGUUGGAGACUUUAACGCCCACCAUCCGGCAUGGGGCGGGAUGGGCGUCCGCAUUGACUGCAUGGGCACUCGGCUGUUGGACUCCUUCGAGGAGGCGGGACUCACGGUGCUAAAUACUUCAGGAGAUACCUUUAUGAGCUUGUCUCACGGAACUUUCUCGGGAAUCGACAUAGCCUUGGCUUCAGCGGCACUCGCUCCACUAUGCUCCGUCAGGAUUGACAGUGAUCUCAGAGGCAGCGAUCACUUUCCCCUCUUCACUUCCAUUGGUCAACUGGAACCUUCAAGGAACUGUUUUAAAUACAAGAUCAAACUAAGUGCGGCGGAAUCUAGAGAACUCCGGCAUAUGCUGGAAAGGGAGCAAAGCGUUUUCUCGGAAGCGCUUCCUGCUGACCCAAUAGAGGCGUACAACUAUAUGGUUAGCUUCGUCUUAGAGAGAAUAAGAAGCAUCGUGGGAGAUAAGAGGUCUUCCAAAGGAUCUUCGACUCGGACAAACAGACCAGAACACGUUCCUGCUCUCUGGUGGAGCGAGGAGUGCGACGAGAAAUGCCGGGACAGAAAGGCGGCUCUUCUUCAUUUUAGGAAAUCACCAUCAGCAUCAAGUCUUAACGAUUAUAGGAAAACUGCGGAGGAGUGUGCCAAGACUCUUCGAAGAUACAAGAGCAAGGGAUGGAAGGAAUUAUGCACUUCAUUCACGGGAAAAACUCCCUCUGCUGAAGUCUGGAAACUCGUUAAAGCAUAUAAAAAAAGACGACUUUUAUUAACAAACGGCACGGAGGAACAGACAGUACCCUUUGAGGAUCAGGUAAAUCUAGCGCAGGAUAAACUAUGUCCCCCUAGCUGUGAAUUUCAAAUCAAUAUGGACUCCUAUCUGCGUGAAUGCAAAUUGCGUUCAGGAGGUAUCACCAGAGAAGAGCUGGGCAGUCCAUUAACCAUUGAGGAACUCAAUGGGGCUAUGUCUCAUUUUAAAGGUAGGAAAUCGGCACCAGGUGAGGAUCAACUCGACUUCAGAAUCCUGAGCACCUUCCCGCCCCUCAUGAUUAAACAUAUGCUGGGAAUCUUCAAUACUUUCCUCAAAACUGGCAUAACUCCUCCUGCGUGGAGGCGCUCGCUGGUUAUCCUCAUCCCCAAACCUAACGGCACCGGACUUAGGCCUAUAGCGCUGCUUCCGUGUUUACUCAAG